CUUGGCCGGAGGCAGGAGGGAGGCAGGCUGUGGGGGCCGGGACGCCGGCCUCGGCGCGCCUCGCCCUCGCGGGAGGGCCGCGAGCUGUGGAAGGACGAGGGCCCGGGGAGGCUGCAGACGCGCGGCGAGCGGCCUCGCAGGGCUCUGUGGGCGGCGUGGAGAGGCGUCCCCGGGCUCCUGCGAGGAGGCGAUCGGGGUGUCGGCGGAGGGUUCCCGGUCAAGUCCUUUCCGCGGCGGGACGUGCACCCCCGAGUUGGAGGGCAUUCCUGCGGCAGAUUGGAGGCCCCGCAUUCCGACGGCCCGAUCCGGGGCUUAGAGCCCGGGCCGGCUUCCCGGAGCGGCGGAGAGCAGUGUUUUUCCUCCGUCGCGGACGUGGGAGCCGCCGGGAGAGGAAGCCGGGGCCCGGGCUCUGCGGCCUUGUUAUUGUGUAUGUCGUGUGUGCGACUGCGUGUGUGUGUCUGUUCUCGCCUGCCUUUGGGGUGUUUGUGUCGCCCUCGUUCCCUGGUAGUUUUAUAGGCUGAAACUACAUGUGGUGAGAAAAGCUCAAAGGAUCUAGAGGAAUCCUGGUUAGGUGAAAUUUCCCAGAUUAGGAAUUCGCCCCCACCCCUCCCUGAGGCCACGGAGGCACCUACGUCCCGGCCGGAGCUCUCUUGUUGAUGUGGGUGCCGCGGCCCUGUCAUGCACCCUGGGGAACCGAGAGUGCGGCCCCGCCCGCUCUGCCCGCGUCUCCCGAGGCGGCCUCGCCCCUCCCUCCUUUCUGCCUAAGGGUUGACGGACACAAAGCUGCUUGCUGCUAGGAACAGGAAACGUAUCAGGAGCUGUAAAUCUGGGCGGAAUGAAUUCAGAUCAGCCGGACUCCCUCUGCUUACUGAGCAGAAGCCUCUCAGAAAUGCGGCCUGGUCUCCUCCCUGUUAAAGGGAGAAAGUGUAAGAAAACUUCUCGAAAGUAAUGUAACUGCACAUGUGGCGUGUUUACUUCCUGGGUCCCACGGUGUUUUUCGAGGAGGAGGGGGCAGUUUCUGCCUGGGAGGAGUUUUCCCUCACCCGUCCCUUGUAAUUCAGCGAAAUAAGUCAAAAUCUGAUGCUGUCUUGAGUGGCAGGUGGACGUGGGCUUUAAGCCUGUACGUCUGGAUGAGCUCAGGCGUGUGUGUUGGCAUCUGGGCCUGUCUGGUAGCAGGAGGAGAACCUUUUGGCCUGUUUUGGCUGCCUCUCUGGACCCAUUUCACGGCCCUCUUCUUUUUUUCACAUCUGAAGGGCUGGUCUGGAGGAAGAAAGCCAAUAUUAAAGACGGUGUUUACGCGUUGUGGUUUGAAGUCAGGUGAGAGUAAUUACGGCCUCUGGCGCUGAUGACCCCAGUGAGGACCGUCCGUCCGAUGGCUUGGGGAUUAGCAGUUUGGAGGUGACAUAUUGCAAAGGAAGAGGGUUACCAGGAGGGUGAAAAUGAAAGCAGGCUGUAGCAUCGUGGAGAAGCCAGAAGGAGGUGGAGGGUAUCAGUUUCCCGACUGGGCCUAUAAAACGGAGUCGUCCCCCGGCUCCCGGCAGAUCCAGCUCUGGCACUUCAUCCUGGAGCUGCUGCAGAAGGAGGAGUUCCGCCAUGUCAUCGCCUGGCAGCAGGGGGAGUACGGCGAGUUUGUCAUCAAGGACCCGGACGAGGUGGCCCGCCUCUGGGGCCGCAGGAAGUGCAAGCCACAGAUGAAUUACGACAAGCUGAGCCGGGCCCUCAGAUACUAUUACAACAAGAGGAUCCUUCAUAAAACAAAAGGGAAAAGAUUUACUUAUAAAUUUAACUUCAACAAGCUGGUGAUGCCCAACUACCCCUUCAUCAACAUUCGAUCGAGCGGUGUGGUCCCCCAGAGCGCGCCACCAGUGCCAACAGCCUCUUCCCGGUUCCAUUUCCCGCCUCUGGACACCCACUCUCCGACGAGCGACAUGCAGCCCGGGCACUUCUCGGCCGGCCCCCUUGCCGCUUCCGGCCAGGAGUCCGGGAACGGCACCGACAGAAAGGCCGAGCUGCCCGAGCUGGACGACGGCCCGGCCGCCGACUGGCGCCGCGGCGUGGACCUCCUGUCCCCCCGGAAUGCCGUCGCCGCAGGGGGCAUCGGCCAUCAGAAACGCAAGCCGGACAUCAUGCUUCCUCUGUUCACCAGGCCCGGGAUGUACCCCGACCCCCACAGCCCCUUCGCGGUCUCCCCGCUCCCCGGCCGCGGGGGCGUGCUUAACGUCCCCAUCUCCCCUGCCCUGUCCCUGACGCCCACCAUCUUCUCCUACAGCCCGUCCCCGGGCCUGAGCCCCUUCGCCGGCGGCGGCUGCUUCUCCUUCAACCCCGAGGAGAUGAAACACUACCUGCACUCGCAAGCCUGCUCCGUGUUCAACUACCACCUGAGCCCUCGGACCUUCCCCCGGUACCCAGGCCUCGCGGUCCCGCCGCUGCAGUGCCAGGGGCACCCCGAGGAGUCGGCCCCGUUUUCCAUCAAGCUGCAGCCCCCGCCAGCCGGGCGGAAGAACCGGGAGAGGGUAGAGAGCAGCGAGGAGCCCGCCGCGGCCCCAGUCCCGCCGAGAAUCAAGGUGGAGCCAGCGUCCGACAAGGAUCCGGAGAGCCUGGGGCAGGCGGCGCGGGAGGAGGGGUGCUCCCGGGAGGAGGGCGCCGUGCCGGGGCGGACCGCGGAGGAGGAGAAGGGCGCCGUCUUUGCCCGCCCGGCUGCGCCCGUCUGGCCCUCGGCGCCCAUUGGCGCCCCGAGCGAAGAGCCCCUAGAGGUGGCUGAACACGGCGAGGACAGGCCUGGCAGGGAGCCCAGCGCGCCCGAGAGGAAGGAGGAUGCGCUGAUGCCCCCCAAGCUCCGGCUGAAGCGGCGCUGGAACGACGGCCCCGAGGCCCGAGAGCCCAGUAAGAGCGGCGCCGCCCCCUGGAGGGGCCCGGGGCCCCGCGGCCUGGCCGCCGCCGCCGACGCUUAGGUCCCGCGCGGCCGUGUAUUUAUGUAGCGAGAUCGGGGGGCGGGGGGAGGGAGUUAGGCUGGUUCGAUCAUUCUAGGGGCAUAGACUUGUCUUUUUAUGUUCGGGGGACGGGAUGGGCGUCUUCUGUUGUAAAUUGGGUGGGGUGUGAACACUUUCCCUGGUGAGCAGCGCAAGCCCCCCCCCCAGCUUCCCAGGGAGGCUCACACUCCCCGACACAGUCUCGGGGCCACGGCGCGCCUGGCCCCGUCUAGUUCAGGUUCCAGACUUGUUCUCUAUUGCGUUUAUAUAUGGAAAGCCAUGAAUGAAUUUCUUUUGCUCUGAGAGAGACACGCGAGCUCAGAGGGUGGGCGCGGAGGGCGCUGUGCUGUGGGUGUUGCCGGAGGGGUUUCUGUGUAAUUGUUUCAGGGGAAGAAGGAGAUCAUCUCAGUCUUACUAGGACGGGGCCUGUUCCGAUGUUGCUUUUUUUCUCUUUUCCUUUGUUGUUUGGCGUUUUUUUCUUUUCCUUUAAAAAGAAACCGUUUGCAGGAAACGUGAGACAAUUGGGCGGGUCACAGCGCGGGGGCGGGGGUGGGGGGU